GCGCGCGGGGGGCGGGCAGCGCGCAGGCGCAGUGCGCGGCCGCCGCUCCCCUCCGCGCUGAGGCGGUGUCGUCGCCAUUUUGUGAGGGCGCCGCGGUGCCGCGUUCCCGCUCGCCGCCAUGCGUCCCGGCAUAAAGCUCUUCGUGGGCAACGUGCCCGAGGAGGCCACGGCGGAGGAGCUGAGCGAGCUGUUCGCCGGCGUCGCCGGGCCUGUGCUCGGCGUCGCCCUCAUGAAGCAGUUCGCCUUCGUGCACCUGCGGGAUGAGGCGGCGGCCGCCCGCGCCAUCACCCAGCUCAACGGCCACCAGCUGCACGGCCGCCGCAUCGUGGUCGAGCCCUCCCGGCCUCGGCCCACCAACACCUGCAAGAUCUUCGUCGGCAACGUCUCGGCCGCCUGCACCAGCGGCGAGCUCCGCUCGCUCUUCCAGCAGUACGGCACCGUCGUCGAGUGCGACGUGGUCAAAGACUAUGCAUUUGUUCACAUGGAGAACGAAGCAGAUGCAAAAGUUGCCAUCGAAAAUCUUAAUGGGAAGGAAGUGAAAGGAAGAAGAGUCAAUGUGGAACUCUCUACUAACGUUCAGAAAAAGGGAGCGGCCCAGCCUAUCCAGGCAGGCAUCGUUGUUGACAAGAACAAGAGAAUAGGUCUGGAGUAUAGGGAAAAGUUUCAGCCCAAGAUAGACGGUUUUGACCAGCGCAGGGCCGCGGACUCCACCUUCCCCUCGGCCGCGGCGGGAUACGCCUCCUCCUCGCUGUACGACUACCAGCAGCGCUUCGGCGGCAGCGGCGCCGGCAAGUACGACUCCUUCGACGCGCAGGCGCGGCCCGCCUCCCCCUCCUACUUCGGGAGGGACCGGAGCCCGCUGCGGCGCUCCCCCUCCAGAGCCGGCUACUCGGCGGUGACGCUCCCCAUGACGGCGCAGCCGGCCGCCUACCGCGCCCAGCCCUCCGCCUCCCUGGGCGCCACGUACCGCGCCCAGCCCUCGGCCUCGCUGGGCAUGGCCUACCGCCCGCAGCCCACCACCGGCCAGGCGGCCGCCUACCGCGCCCAGCCCUCCGCCUCGCUGGGCAGCGCCUACCGCGCCCAGGCGGCCGCCUCCCUGGGGGCCUCCGGCGCCCAGCCCGCCGCCGCCUCCCUCUCCUCCUACGGCGCCCAGGCCGCGGCCUCCUACGGCGCCCAGCCCGCCGCCUCCCAGCUCUCGGGCUACGGCGUCCAGUCCGCGGCCCUGGCCUCCUCCUACGGCGCCCAGGCCGCCACCGGCUACUCGGCCUCCUACGGCGCCCAGGCCUCGGCCGCCCACGCCGCCGCCUACGGCGCCCAGGCCGCCGCGGGCCCCGCCGCCUCCUACGGCGCCCAGGCCGUGGCCACGCACGCCGCCUCCUACGGCGCCCAGGCCGCCGCGGGCCACGCCGCCUCCUACGGCGCCCAGCCCGCCGAGGGCCACGCCGCCUCCUCCUACGGCGCCCAGCCCGGCGCCGCGCUCUCGGCCUCCUACGGCGCCCAGCCCGUGGCCGCGCACGCCGCCUCCUACGGCGCCCAGGCCGCCGCGGGCCACGCGGCCGCGUACGGCGGCCAGCCCCUGGGCGGCCACGCGGCCUCCUACGGCGCCCAGCCCGCCGCCGCGCUCUCGGCCUCCUACGGCGCCCAGCCCGCCGCCGGCCACUCGGCCUCCUACGGCGCCCAGCCCGCCGCCAGCCUGCCCGGCUCCUACGGCGCCCAGUCCGCCGCCGCCCUCUCCGCCGGCUACGGCGCCCAGGCCGCCUCCUCGCUGGCCGCCUCCUACAACAGCCAGGCCGCGGCGGCGUCCUACAAGGCGCAGGCCUCCGCGCCGCUCGCCGCGGCCUACAGGGCGCAGGCCUCCGGCUCCAUGGCGGCGUCGUACGCAGCGCAGCAGCCCGCCGCCGCCUCCUUGGCCGCCUACCGAGCUCAGCCGGGGACCGCGUACGACGGGCCGAGCCAGCUGGGGCAGCAGGCAGCCUCGUACCUGGGCAUCUCUCAGACCGCCGCUGCCGCUGUCGCACCGCCGUACGAGCGCACCCGCCUCUCCCCGCCCCGGAGCGCUGGCUAUGACGAUCCUUACAAAAAGUCGGCUGCUCUGGCUAAAAGGUACAAUUCCGAUCGCCGUUUAUCUGACCUCUCAGAUUACCGUCGUUUAGCGGACUCGCCGCUCGCGUACCGCCGUUCGCCGACAAAGUCCCCGAUGGAUUACCGCCGCCUUCCAGAAGCACAUUCCGAUUACGCCCGCUACUCGGGCGGCUAUGGCGAUUACAUGCACACGGCCCGGAUGCACUCCGGUUACCAGCGCCGCCUGUAGCGGGGGCGGCCCCAUCCCGGGUGCGGGCCACGGUUAAACAUUCCCCGUCGGGACGUUCUUUCUUAGCAUAAAGCCAAUCCGCCUCUUUCUUAGGCUCGCUUUCUCUUCGGUUCUCCGAAUCGCGCGUUCCUCCCCCUCCCGCGCUCUCAGGUGUCGACGCGGCCGCGCGUUUGGCUCUCGCUCCUUGUGUCGCUUGGCUGAGGACGCCAGCGUCCCUCCUCGGCGAGCGCGGGAGUCCAGCGCCUCAGCGUCCUCCCGGCCUUCGUUCCGCGCGGGGCGGGGGACGGUUAUUUUUAGCUGCCUUGUUCUUUUUUUUUCUUUUUCGUUGGGUUUUUAGAACGAUACAACUCACGGUUUCAGGAACCUCGGCGCCCCGAGCCCGGGAGCGCUGGGGUGGCUGCGCAGUUCGCUGCCCGCGGCGGAGCCCCCGCCGCCGGGUCCUUCCCGCUGCCGUCGCGCUCCGAUGCCGUAGCUCACGUGGAAUCGUUCCGCUUGCGGCUCCUUGCUCGUCUUCGGGCUCGUUAGUAAGGCAGACUGCUCCUGGCAGGCUCCGAUGCGGCGUCCCCACAAUUGUUGCUCAGCGCUGUUUUUACAGCCCGAGCGAUUGCUGCCGCUGAAGGGAAGAGCGAGCGCUCUUUUAUACGACGUGAGAGUCCCCUUUUCUUCUUACACCAGUGUUAAGUUUGCUCUAGGCGUGACGUUAGAACUGAUACAUGGGAAACGAGUGAGAUUUUGUAUGACUGUAAAUAAAAUGCUGGGCUAUUUACAGUUUAGAAACGGUUGUCCAGUGUUUUCUGUUUUGCUUUCCCCCCGGUUUCAGGGAUACUCCCGUGUUUUUAGCGGCUUCAGGGAUGCCGUCCCGCGUUCUCUCGGCACCUUUGCCUUCGUGCUAGAGGCGAACCAAGGGAAAAACAGCGUCCGCGCAGCCACCGCGCGGGUGGUGACGCGAGGGGAGAAGGGAGCGGGGACGCGCGGUCUUGUCGUAUGUGGCUGGCGAAAGCUGGGGGGUGAAUUUCUGCGAGGAAUUUGUGCGGAGGGGACGGCGGGGCAGCGGAGGAGCGGGGAGAGCGAGCGCGCGGGGCGGCCCGGCGCACGGGAGGGAGCGGGCGCGGGCGGAGGGAGCCCCGCGGUGCCGGCAGCGGGACCGAGGUGCCUCUGCGCCCGCUGGACUCGGCGUUGGCGGCACCCCCGGGGCCGGGGCCGGGGGGUCGGCGCUGCUCGCGGGCGGCGCAGGAGCGGCUUUGGGCCGGCGCCGCGGGGCGCUUCCGCCCGUCCCCGGCAUUUCGCCAACUUCCCGGGCCGGCGAGCGCACGCCAGCUCCUCGCGCGCUGUCGUCGUCGGCUGUCGGUGCAAACCGUUCCGCGGCCGUCUGGCUCGUUAACCAGCUCGUUUGCCGCAGAGCCGCUGCCGCCCAGGACGAGCGCGGACAAGCGAGCGGUUAAAAGCACCGAGGCGGUUUCCGCCGGAGACGCGCUCGGACUCGGAGCGAGCGGCCCCGUCCCGGAGCCCCGGCGCGGUAAGCGCUGACGCGGCAUGCCGACCGCCGGGCCGGCGCGGACAUCCCGGAGCUGCGCUCGCUGCUCGGUGGCUUCGGGCUCGUUAGGUGGCAUCUCCGACACGCGCUAUUAACGAUCCGUCUCGGGUAACCGAUUCCCAGUACCAUUUCUUUGUUACAGAAACUGGUUUUGAGAAGAAAAGCUGAAUGUGUGACGUGCUGCAGGAUACAGAUUACUGUUUGUUCCCUUGUUUUGAAUCCAAAAUGCCUUUGUUUAAAUACGACAUUCGAUUGCUUUUCUAUCAGGCCAAUACUUCCUUUUAAUCUGAGCAGCUCACUAAACAAAACUUCAUCAGCGUAGUAAUAACCGGAUAAACGUUCAUGAUUCCUCUGUGCAUUCAACUAGCGACGUGUGGCCAACUUGUAUCUCGUAGGCCGACUUGUGUUUUUCACUACUGGAGCGAUUAUUAAAGUUUCUAAAACGUUU